AUUUCUUUAUUGUUUCCGCCACUUCUCGCUCUUGUUUCGCUUCUUUCCCAAUCUUUCGGCCACCCCCUUCUUAGGGCGUAAGCAACGAAAGGAAAGAAGAUCCAAGCCUAGCCUAUCUCUGCGGUUCCCCGGUCGCCCGAUCCGCGUCCAAGAUGGGAUACAUCGGCCACCAUGGGGUGGCGACGUUGCACAAGUACAAGUACAGCGGCGUGGACCACUCGCUAGUCGCUAAGUACAUCUUGCAGCCGUUCUGGAGCCGCAGCGUCACGCUUUUCCCUCUUUGGAUGCCACCAAACAUGAUCACUCUUACAGGAUUUAUGUUUCUGAUGGUAUCCGCAUAUCUUGGCUAUGUAUAUUCGCCCCAUCUUGAUACAGCUCCACCAAGAUGGGUCCACCUUGCUCAUGGAUUGCUUCUCUUUUUAUACCAGACUUUUGAUGCUGUUGAUGGUAAACAAGCUAGGCGUACGAAUUCAUCCAGUCCUUUGGGUGAACUUUUCGAUCAUGGAUGCGAUGCGCUUGCAUGUGCUUUCGAAGCCAUGGCCUUUGGGAGCACUGCACUGUGUGGUAGGAACACUUUUUGGUUUUGGGUAAUUGCAGCAAUUCCAUUUUACCUUGCAACGUGGGAACACUUCUUUACCAAUACACUUAUUCUUCCAAUAAUUAAUGGACCUACAGAAGGCCUCAUGCUAAUCUAUGUUUGUCACUGGCUGACAUUCUUUUUGGGAGCUGAAUGGUGGGCACAGGAUUUCAGGAAGUCAAUCCCUUUUUUAGGUUGGGUGCCAUUAAUUCCUGAGAUCCCAGUAUAUAGUGUUGUGCUAUUUAUGAUGAUUGCUUUUGGUGUGAUUCCAACUAUUGCUUCCAAGUAAGUUUUCUUUUUAUCA